AUGUCGGACAACAACUCAGACCUAGCAACCUUCGCGUACUACAAAUAUGACCCGUCCACAGCAGCCAACGCCAUCUUCGUCGCCUUAUUCAGCAUCACCGCCGUCGGCCAUGCGUUUCUUCUCGCUAGGAACAGGACGUGGUACUUUAUCCCGUUCUUGGUGGGAUGUCUUUUCGAAGCAGUCGGUUACAUAGGCCGUGUAAUCUCCGCCGGGGAAACGCCCGACUGGACCUUGACGCCGUACCUUAUACAGAGUCUCCUGAUCCUCUUGGGACCCUCCCUUUAUGCUGCGUCGAUCUACAUGAUUCUCGGCCGACUCACUUGCAUGCUGGAGGCAGAGGCGUACUCGGUCAUCAGGGUGAAGUGGUUGACCAAGAUAUUCGUGUUGGGUGACGUCUUUUCAUUUCUGGCGCAGGGUGCCGGCGGCGGCAUCCUCGCCAAGGCUACCACCCCCAAAGACCAAGACCUCGGCAACAACAUCAUCCUCGUCGGCCUGGGUAUCCAAAUCGCCUUCUUUGGGCUCUUCAUCAUCACCACCAUUAUCUUUCAUUUGCGCAUCGCCGCCAACCCGACCGCCAAGUCUUACUCCGUCGCCGUCCCCUGGCGCCAGCUACUCUGGGUCCUGUAUGUGACCAACACACUCAUCCUGAUCCGCUCAGUGUUCCGCAUGAUCGAGUACGCCUUGGGUUGGAAUUCCAUUUUGAUGAAGCGCGAGGUGUACCUGCUGGUAUUGGACGGCAUGCUCAUGGUGAUUGUGAGCGUGGCGUUUAUGCGGUAUCAUCCCAGCAAGUUUCUGGUGGGGUACAAGCAGGUUGGGAUGAGGUCGGCCAUUGAUCUGGAGGGAAGCACGGUCGAGGGCGAUUAUACGAUGACGUCGUAUGGUGGUGGUGGUGGUGGUGGACAGCGCCGUCCCAGCACUAACCUCAAGGCGCAUGAUUCUUCUCGGCUGGAGGCGGAUAGGAGGGACAGUUUGAUGUUGGGCCAGCAUAGGCACCACCGCCAGACGCCGUCGGAUGAUACGAGCUCAUACACUCCGUUGCGCAGAUGA